AAAUUUAAAAAAUUUCCUAUUCCAUUGCCCACUAUAAAUUAACAACAGUGAAUUCAAGAGAUCCACACAUUCUUCCUCUCUUCAAAAUGGGUCGAUUUUGGCUUCAGAUUUUCACCACUGCUAUUUUUCUCUAUUUGCCUUUCAUGUCCCAUUGUCAAAGUACCCAGACCUUCAUUGUCAGAGUACAAAACGACCUUAAACCGUCCAUUUUUUCCAGCGUCGAGGCGUGGUACGGUGCCACUCUCAGAACUCUAACUUCGUACCCAUUGGACUCUCUUGAAUCCAAAAACAGCCAUGGAGGGAAACAAACAGACUUCCUUCACGUAUACAAAACCGUCUUCCACGGUUUCUCUGCAAGACUAUCGGCCGAGCAAGCCGAAGAACUAUCAAGACGCCCAGAAAUACUUGGAGUCGUACCAGACCAAGUCCGUCACAUCCAGACGACUCGGACACCGUUGUUCCUAGGACUCACCGGGAACAAUCCGACUGGGCUCAUAACCGAGUCCGACUCGGGCUCGGAUGUCAUCAUUGGACUGCUUGAUACCGGUAUCUCCCCCGAACGGCGCAGUUUCCACGACGACGGCCUCGGACCUGUCCCAGCUCGUUGGAAGGGAGAGUGCAUCGGUGGAGAUAAAUUCGUGAAAACAUCCUGCAACAAAAAGGUGAUCGGGGCAAGGUAUUUUUCCGCCGGGUACAAUGCCGGGGAGGCAAAUUCGAGCGAUGUCUUGUCCCCAAGAGACAGCAACGGCCACGGCACUCACACGGCUUCCACCGCAGCCGGAAGGGAAGUGGCCAACGCCUCCCUCUUCGGCUUCGCGGCUGGCGUGGCAGUGGGGAUUGCGCCCAAGGCGAGAAUCGCGGUGUACAAGGUAUGCUGGGAGGUAGGCUGCUUGGACUCGGACAUACUCGCGGGCUUCGACAAAGCCGUUGAAGACGGCGUCGACGUCGUAUCCCUCUCUGUUGGUGGCCAAGGCUCUGGUCCUUAUAAUUUUGACCCGAUCGCUAUCGGAUCAUUCGGUGCCAUGGAGAGAGGAAUCUUUGUCUCCGCCUCCGCCGGUAACAGUGGUCCUGAUGACAUGACAGUAGCCAAUGUCGCUCCUUGGACAACAACCGUGGGCGCAAGCACAAUUGAUAGAAAAUUCCCGGCUGAUCUUAUUUUGGCAGAUGGAACGGUCAUCACAGGAUCGUCAUUAUACGCCGGUAAACCGUUGGAUGGAAAGACUUAUCUCCCCCUUAUUUAUGCCAUGAAUGCUGCCGAAGGCAAUCUGAGUCCGUCGACAUUAUGCAUGCCGGGAUCGCUAGACGAAAAGCUCGUACGCGGCAAGAUCGUGGUGUGCGACAGGGGCGAAGUUCCGCGCGUCGCCAAGGGACUCGCGGUGAGGGAAGCCGGCGGGGUCGGGGUGGUCGUGGCAAACGUGGCCCCGGAAGGCGAAGGUCUACUCGCGGACCCGCACUUGAUUCCCGGAUUGAUGAUCACCGAAUCAGCGGGCAACAAAGUUCGCGAUUACAUCAGCCGUUCGAAGGACCCUAGGGCCAAAAUAAUUCCUCACGGGACACGGCUGGGGGUGAAGCCCGCGCCCGUAGUUGCGUUGUUCUCCUCGAGGGGGCCUAAUGGUGCGUCGUCGUACGUUCUCAAGCCCGACAUGAUCGCGCCGGGUGUUGACAUCCUGGCCGCCUGGCCUGACACCGUGUCGCCGUCUGAACUCCCAGAGGAUGCGAGGCGCAGCGAGUUCAAUAUACUCUCGGGCACAUCGAUGUCGUGCCCUCACGUUUCGGGUUUGGCUGCCUUGCUUAAGGGAGCUCAUCGUGAUUGGUCACCCGCUAUGAUCCGGUCCGCCCUCAUGACCACUGCUUACACUGUUGAUGGUAACGGAAAGCCAUUGCUAGACGAGAGAGAUUACCGCGCAUCAAACGUGUGGGGGAUAGGUUCCGGGCAUGUUGAUCCACAAAAGGCGGCUGAUCCUGGCUUGGUGUAUGAUCUCACAGUGAAUGAUUACUUGGACUUUCUCUGUUCAUCCAACUACAGCGUCGCAGACAUAAACCAAAUCACAAGAAAGUCAGUUAGCUGCAAAGGGAAAAAGUUCACACCGUGGGAGCUCAACUAUCCAGCAAUCUCCGUUGCUGUCGCUAUGUCAUCACGAUUGCCCAAAUUUGAAGUUGCGGUUACGAGAACGGUGACACAAGUUAGUGAUGGUGCUUCGAGCUAUGUCGCAACGGUUACCCCGCCAAGAGGUGUAAACGCGACCGUUGAUCCACCGAUGAUGGAGUUUAAAGGGAAGGGUGAGAAGAAGAGCUACGUGGUUCGGAUUUCCACAGCAAAUAAGCCACCUGGCAAGUCGAUUACGGAGGCCGGUAAGCUGACGUGGACCGACGGCAAACACAAGGUCACUUCACCAAUCGUGGUGGUGUGGCAGUAGGGCAAAGUAUAAAGUUUUUUUCCAUCGAAGAUAAAGAAUUAUCAUGUGUACAUUUUAUAUGGUUCAAGAUUUCAUUGUUGAUAAUGGGUUUCAUUGUUAAUAAUGGACAUAUAUAAUGGGGCAUUAAACUACUGAUGAUUCGAAAUUAA